AUGGCCGUAAUCCAAGAUCCUUGUUAUCGUAGACCAAAGCGUGAGGUCAACAAAAAUGUGCUCAAGGUGCCUGAUGCCGAGCGCAAGGCGCUGGACGCGACGACCAACGAGCCGUGGGGGCCUCACGGCCAGCUGCUCGUGGACCUCGCGCGGGCGUCGCACAACCCGAUCGAGUACUCCAUGGUCAUGAACGUGCUCUGGAAACGUUGCCAGGAUGUUGGCAAGGACUGGCGCCACGUGUACAAGGCGCUGGUGGUGAUGGACUACCUGGUGGCGCAUGGCACCGACCGCGUCGUCAGAGACCUGCGCGAUCGCUCUGCCUUCAUUCAGAGUCUGGCCGAUUUCCAGUACAUGGACAGCGCAGGCAAGGACCAGGGCCUCAACGUGCGCACCAAAACGCAGUCGCUGCUCGCCCUGCUGCGCGACUCGGCGCGCAUUGCUGAGCUCAGGGACCGUGCUGCUGCCACCCGCGACAGGUUCAAGGGCGCGUCAGUAGCGGGCUCGGGGCGGGCGUCGAACCCAUAUGGCGACUACGAGCCUGAGAAGCAAGUUAAGGACUCGCACCCCACGGCCAGCUACGGCAGCAACAGCUACGCGGGCGACAGCAAGAGUGUGUACAGCACGGGGUCGGCUGAGAGGGAGAGGGAGGGGGAGAGGGUGCACUCCACUGACAGCGCACACAGUGGCGAGGGCGAGAGGCCCAGCGGGUACAGAGGUGGCAAGGAGAGAUACGGCGCGGAGGAGGAGGUGGAGCACAGCAGCACGGGGGGGGAUGCGGCGAGGAAGAGCGGGCACGAGGGAGGGGGUGUGGCGGGCAGCAGGGUGGCGGGCAGCGGUGCUGGUGGGGAAGGUGUGGCAGCGGGGCAGGCGGGGGGCGGUGGGGGCGGUGGGGGCAGUGGCACGCCACAGAGUGCGCCCAGGCCUGCUGCCGUGCCCAGCACUGCAGCAGCCAGCGCCAGUCCGUUUGAAGAGGAAGGUUUUUCAGCAAGCAGCGCCUACGGCCCAGGCCCAACACAGCCCUACACAUACCCGCCCUCCGAUGCCCCUUCUGCUGCUGCUGCUGCUGCGGCGCCUGCAGCAGCAGCGUCUGCUGGAGGGGGCGGGGGCUUUGACGACGACGACUUUGACCCGCGCUCCGCAGCACAGCAGCCAGCGCAGCAGCAGUGGCAGCCCGCACCUGCUGCAGCCGUUGGAGGUACACGCGUGCUCAUCCCGUUGGACUCACUUCCCUCCCCAUCUUUGUUCUAUUCUGCAUGUCCAAUCCCCAGUGUUUCUUUCGUUCCUCCCACUCUGUUUUCCCCCUUAUUCUCCCCUUCCCUGAGAGCCAGCUGCCUUGGGGGAUUCGUCCCGCAGCAGCAGCAGCCAGCCGUGGCAGCAUCUGGUUACACAGAACCCCCCCAGCCUGCUGCGCCCGCGCUAGCUGCUCCUGCCGGCCUCGUGGACCUCGACAUCUCCAAGGAGCCGGACGACCCACUGAGCUCGGUGGGCGUGAUGCCCAAGUCGAAGCUGCGAUCGGCGCGCGAGCGCAAGGAGGACGCCAGCCGCCAGCAGCAGCAGCAGCACCUCGGGCUGGGGCAGGGGCAGGGGCAGGGGCAGCAGGGCGGUGUGCCCGCUGCCAUGGGCCGUGCCAUGGGGCCUGGUGCUGGUGCCGGUGGCAUGGGUGGGGGGGCAGGCAUGGGGGGCAUGGGGGGCAUGGGGGGGAUGGGAGGCAUGGGAGGCAUGGGUGGCAUGGGCGGUGGGAUGGGAAUGGGAGGAGGAAUGGGGGGGAUGGGGGCGAUGGGCGGAAUGGGUGGUGGAAUGGGUGCCAUGGGCGGUGGUGGUGGUGCCUAUGGGUACAUUCUUGUGUCGACAUUUUGUUAG